AUGAGGGGCGGACUACCGUCGUUAGACGAUGUGGCUGAUGAAGCAGCUGCUUCGCCGGUGGUGCGUUCGUACCUGAAGCUUCGCGGCAUAACCACGGUGGGCACUCUUGCUUUGAUAGCUUCAGAUGAGACCCAGCUGGACAAGGCAUUGAUUACGCCUUUGAUGGCUGGCUGGAAGGAUGGACCCAAUGUGGCCACGGUGGCGGAUGCUGACAAGCCAAUAGCCCACGCCAUGAUCUUGCACAUGUGGAACCUGGCCCGUAGUCAUUGGCUGAAAUCUGCAGGUAACCAUCUCAAUGCUCAGGUGGUGGCCCCACAGACUGCCACUCCGACCACUUCUCCGGCUGACCCCAAAGAUGAGAAAGUCCCGAAGACGCUCCCAAAUGGCGUUUGGAGUUCCUUGCUGAACAAGUACAACAGUGCGCAACUCCAUGGAAGGGACCGACAGUUUCCGGUGAAGGAAUUGAUGGGAGCUGAAUCGAUAGUGGCUCGUGUGUGGUGGGAGCAUCAUCGAUCCAAGCUCUACACGCCUCUCCACCUUGGAGAGAUCCUCCAACAUCGAUCCUUCCAGAGCAACGGGGACUUGAAUCCCCUUGCCAAAGGUCAGAAGAAACUGACGAACCUCUACGUGGAGGACGGAUCCCUGGUCCAGAAGGAGGAAGCGGUUUGGCAGCCUCGCUCUAUUCUGGCCGUCUUGGAUGGCAUCGUGGCGGCCAAAUGGGCCAUGAUCUCGGUGCAAUUGGGUGAUGAGUUGGACAUCACUGAGUACUGCGAUGUGAUGUGCCAGAGAGCCAGGUCUCGGCCAGCCAAAUGCGAGCAGAUGAGCUUGUACUGGAGCGCUUGUGGAUGGCGCAUUGCUAUGGCAAUGCGGGAUGGCAUGACCUUUUCUGCGGCAGCCAAGCAGAUCAUCAAUGACUAUGACCGCUUUGCCGAACACAUGGCCAAGGAAGAUUCUCUCAAGAAGACCAGCAGUGGUGCCAAAGGCCGACAGGCCGAUCCACCCAAGGGCUUUGGCAAGUCUGGCAAACAGAAGCCUCUGUAUCGCUGGGCUCCAUAUGGAAAAGGACGUUGGGGUCAUUCAGAUUGGACUCCAUCUCAGGGUUCUUCCUCAUGGCAACAUCGCUCUUCAGGUGGCGGAUGGCAAUCAUGGCAGCGACAGAAGGAUUGGGAACAGCCACGGCCUCAGAAUGAGGGCACAACCAACACUACUGUGGCACUGACCCCAUCCUUGACCUCUAUGGGGAAGGAAUUCAUCCACCUGGCUUUCUUUGACGGCAUCGGCACCGCUGAGCUGGCACUGGAGGAGGUGAUCGGCCGACCGCUGGCCUAUCUCUCCUGGGAGACAUGCCCCGACUGCAUUUGGGUCCUGGAUCGCCAUUUUCCUCAUGUUCAACAUCGAGGAGACGUGGAUGCAGAUAACCCUUCGGAGCUUGCCAAGACGAUCCAACAGAUUGACCCGUCAGGUUUGGCUAUCAUCUUUGUUUCUGGCGGGCCACCAUGCCCCGACUUCAGUGGCAUUGCUGCGAGUGCUCAGGGCAAAGAAGGCCACGAGGGCAGCAAGUUUGUCAGGUUUUCCAAGUUUUUGAGCCGUUUGGAGAAGCUGGUCAAGCCGCGCGACACAGUGCCAUUGAUUGAGAACGUGUUGAUGCAGAACCCAGGUGAUGUCAGGUUUUUCACUGAUGCACUUCAAGCCCAACCGGUGCUACUUGACCCGGCUGAUUUCUCCAUCAUUUCCAGACCUAGGUUGUUCUGGACACGCCUCAGGUGGUGUGAUUUGAGCAGCUGUCCCAUGACUGGCAAACCGCUGCAAUGGCAAAAGGUCCACAAGCUCCCCAAGCUCAUCUUGGAUUUGCCACGGGUGACGACCGAUGACAUCCAGACAGAUGGAUUGGAGUUUCAUGACAAGGUCAAGAGCGGGCAGGCCAAGUUGCCAUGCCUUACAACGCCUGCCCCAAACCAGGCAGGUAGGCCUCCUCCGAAGAAAAUGAAGGGGCACAUCCCUCCUUCUGUGAAACUCCGCUGGCAACAAGACAAUCGGCAAUAUGCCCCAUGGCAUUACCAAGACACCGCCAUGCUCUCAGACUCCACGGGGCGACUCCACACCCCACCGAUUGCGGUGAAAGAGCAGCUCCAAGGCUUCCCGGCUGGCUUCACUCAGGCUCCUGGGGUCCAUGAACGGGCUCGGCAUCGGAUGCUAGCCAACGCCUGGCAUUUCCAGGUGGCAAAGCUACUGAUUUUGCUGAUACUUUCACAAUGUGGCGCGUUGGCUGCACCAACUCCUGCACCACGCACAAGCGCUUUGCAGUUCGUCCUGGAGCUGGCAGCCAAUGAACCUUUGCUCUUGGGCCCAACACAGUGGACUCAACAGGUUUGCACCAAACGUCCAACCUUCAACAUGUGGGAUCACUGGGAGGCCACUGACCAGGCAGUCCAUCCGCUGUUCUGCAAUUCACACAUUGAACCUGGCAUCAUUCAGGUCUUUGACAGGUGGCGGCGAUGGGGAGAUGUCAACCGGCUGCGCCUUGAGGUGAUCGCAGACCUACAGCGACUGGCUGAUGACUUUCGUGAGAUUCACGACCAUUGGAAGGCAACUCUGCCCAACCAUGUCGCCAAGGUGUACUCUCAAUCUGGGGGCUUUCUGCAAGUGCCGCUUUGGAUGUGGCUCCUGGAACAGAUCAAGUACCCAGACGUGACCACCCUUGCCAAGGAGCUCACCGUCGGCUUCCCGACCACUGGGCAACUUUCACCUGGAGCUGGCUGGCUCCCUCGAUUGGACAGCCGCUACACUAGUCCCAUUUCCAGGGAAGAGUUUCUCCAGGUUAACAAAGCUUACGUUGCCCGCAAGCUGAAUUCCAGGCUCAUCGAUCCUCACUGGAAAUCGAUGUUGGAUGAGCUCGUGCAAGAGCAUCAGAUGGGCCGAGUUGAUGGGCCCUUCGAGACUCCGGCUGAAUGGGGGGUUCCUGGCACGUCAGUGAAUGGGCUUCCAAUGAGGAGCGGGCACAACUCAACCGUCCGGGUGAGUGACAGCCCCUUGCAUCACACUGUGGACAACUACAUUGCUUCAGCGGUGGCCCUGGCAGAUGGAUGCAACUUGCGCCCCACUUGGGGGCACGACAUGGCCUCAGCCUACCGACAGUUCGCUGUCGCAUGUAUUGAAGAGAACUACACCUUCAUGAGGACACCAGGAGGAGUUGUCCUUUUUCGACACAAUGCUAUGAGUUUCGGCGCGGUGUCGUCGGUUUGGUCUUUCAACAGGGCAGCCGACACUCUGACUACGCUGGCGCGGAAGCUCUUGUGGUGUCCAAGCCUACACUUCGUUGAUGACUUCGGGGCCACCGAACCAGCCCCGUUAGCUGAAUCAGGCUUUCGAUCUUUUGCCCAGCUAUUUGAGGUUUUGGGCUUACAGACAAAAGCCAAGAAGGCCCAACCACCAGCGAAGAUUCAGAAGAUUCUCGGGGUGAUGAUUUCGACCACGACCCAUGAUGCCUCUCUGCACCCUUGUCCACAACGGGUCGAACGUCUGAUGACCAACAUCACUACCUACCUGCAGUCCAAUCGCUUGACGCCAGAAGAAGCUCAAACACUGUCAGGCAAGUUGAUUUUCUUGCAAACGACUUCAUUUGGACAGAUGGGUAUGGCACUGCUUGCGCCUUUGUAUGCUCGUGCUCACCACCUACCUUCUGAUCGAGUUGAGAAUGACCAAUUAACUCAUGCUUUGACAGCGGUGCUCACUACUUUACGGGCCCUGAUUCCAUGCAUGCCACCCAGGCGAUUUCCAUUUCAGGCCGACCAACCUGUUACGGUGCUCUACACGGAUGCUUUCUUCAAACUGGGGGAACACGUUUGGCAUGCCAGUGACCAUGAGAACAUCCCCAAGAAGUGGAAUACCAAUCAGGCACCGCUACUGGUCAACGGCUGGGGGAUUGUCCUCAAGAUCGGUGCACAGACUCUCUUUUGUGCUGGUGUCAUACCACCAGAAGUUUUGAAGGUCUUCGCCAAACGGAAGGCCUACAUUUUUGCUUUAGAAAUCUUGACCCAGGUCAUUGCAUUUGUCCUGCUGCGGAAGCAUUUUUCCGCCUACGUUGUGAGCUACAUCGACAACCAACCAGGGCAAAGCUGCCUCAGCAAGGGCUAUGGCCGUGACCCCGCAAUCAAUUGUGUGAUGUCCUUUCUAUGGUGCUGGUUCGGACGCUUGCAGAUCUAUCCUCAUUUUGAGUGGGUGCCGUCAGCUCAAAACAUUGCGGACCCAAUCAGCAGAUUUCGCUUUGACAUUGUGCAACCUUCCUGGCAACGACUUCAUUUGAACCUUGAACCAUUCUGGAAGCUUUUGAUUCGUGUGGCAGGCGACAUUAGCUUUGCUACUUCGGAGGCAGUGGAUGCUUUCGCGGUGCUUUCUGAGGAGACGUUCCUCGUGCAGGAUGGGGCAGCAGAGCCCGAGGAUGGCUACCAGAGUGGCUCUGCUGAUGGCUGA